GCGCAACGACUUGAGAUGCUUUGAUUGGACGACGAGCAGCGACCACCAACAAAAGCUCACGAACCCCAUACUUGACAGGGAAGCCCCCUAAGAAGUGCAGCUUGGACGCGACCACCAACUUUUCGCAUUGCGCGCCGCAUAGCUGUGAUCCAUUUACCUCAUUGCUCAUGUUGGACCAUGGGCCAAUUUGACACGUGAAACAUACGUUAUCCAACAAUCUACAGCACUAACCGCUUCGCUUUGGCCCUAAUCAAUUUGAGCGUCGUCGAUUGCUUGCAUUGCACGGCCUUUCUAUCGCCCACCUAAUCAUUAUAUACCCGCAGAGCACAACGACAGAUCUGUAUCCGAAAUGGCAGCAGCAUCACCAACUCCCAUGGGGUCGAGUCACCUCCCGACGAGGAAACCCUCUCUCAGAUCUGGCCUGAGAAGAGCCCCCUCCAAGUCACAACUAGACCGCGCUCAGUCCAAUGCAGCCACCACCGCCCACGCCUCCUCGAGAUCACAAUAUGCACCUCGUGAUGCCGACAGCUCCGACGAUGAGAUUCCCGUGCCUAUGAAGCUCAGUGCUCUCACAAAAGCGCUCCUCAAUGAUGACGGCGUGGCCGCAUCUGCACCAGCUGACCACCCCUCGAACCGCAUCCGCACUAGAGCUCAGAACUAUCGACCAUCGUCCCCGGCGCAGUCAUUAUUGGACCAGGAGAAACCGCCAAAGAGAAGAAGCAUCCUGAAUGCCUCGUUCGGAGAAGAGAGGAGGCAGACUAGGGCUAGUAGCGCUCAGCUGGUUUCCUCAAGGCCAACCUCUCCUGUCAGAAGUCAAGCGAGCGAAAGCAGUCCAGCGCAGAAGAGCCGGAAAAGAGUUGUCCGGCUCAGCACUACACCCGGCGUUCCAGCAUCGUUUGGUGCUGUCGAGCCCUCAAAACGACGGUCUACAUCUUUAUCAACGUCACAAAGAGGCGGUCGCCCCCUCAGUCGCGAAAGUCAAGUGGAGGAAAGAGCGAAUGCUUCGGAAACCAACAGCGUUAAUACCCCUCAGGCCCAAGGUGUUCGAAGCGUUCGAAUUGCUGUUGGAUCAUCUGGCGGCCGCAGCCGGCUCAGUGGAUCCUCGGGAGCUUCCUUUAGAAGAGCGGACUCUGCUCAUCCACUAUCAGAAAAUGAGGCACCAGAGGAGCCGGUCACCGCCCCGAGGCAGCGCAUAGGCUCGACCCAGGGCAGUGGGUCGCGGCCGAGAACUCGCGAUGAGGACAACCAGGCCAUUCAAGGAUCAAUGCGUGUUAAAAGAGUCGGUAAAGUGACAGGAAGCUUUCUGCGUGGGCCCGCCCGCCGAGGAAUGCGGCGGCAAAGUGAUGAGAACGGCGGGAACGAUGGAGAUGCCUUCCAGGCUGGCCAAGAAGAAGCAAUUGGGCAAGCAGCUCAGGACCUGAUCGAUCUUGAACCUGAAAACUUUGCUUCAUCCUACUACGUACCCGAUCGUGUGGCCUCCGGAAGUCCAGUUAGUGCCAAGAAUUCCGCGAGGCACAAGCGACAUAUGUCUGUAGCGUACGAAGAGCCGCGGCUAAUUUCACGACAAAGCUCUCCGGCACCACGAGACCAGGGGGAAAUUCGCAUCCCACACUACAGAGCUGCUGCACCUCGAUUAGAUGUGCUGGCAAGGCAGGGUCAAGAGAACGGGCCACCUUCGACACUCAAAAAGAGCAAAGCAUUGGAAGACUCGAUACUCGAGAAAGAACUUCAGCUACCGUCUCGCCCUCUUGACAAUGAGGUCAACCUAGUGAAAUCAAUAUCCCCCGAGAGGAAGCCACUCGCUGCUGUAAGCCAAAACGAACCCAGGAGACAUGCUCCGCCGCCACCUCCUAAGAUGUCCAUGCUUGAGGCUGCGACAGCAACGGCCGGGGCAGCGACAACUCAACAAGCCGUGAAGAAACGAAAUUACCUGAAAGUCAACGGGAAGUAUUACACUCGACUUGACUCCCUUGGCCGGGGAGGAAGUGCCAAAGUGUAUCGUGUAGCAGCCGACAAUGGCAAGAUGUUCGCCUUAAAGAGGGUCUCGAUUGAGAAUGCAGACGAGGGACAGGUCCGCGGUUAUAAAGGCGAAAUUGAUCUCCUCAGGAGAUUAAAUACAUGUGAGAGAGUCAUCAAUCUAUAUGACUAUGAAAUGAAUGAGGAGAAGCAGGUACUCAACCUCCUCAUGGAGAUGGGUGAGUUGGACCUUAACACACUCCUACGCACGCGUCUCUCGCCCGAAACAGCCAGGUUUGACCCUGUAUUUGUACGCUUUUAUUGGCAAGAGAUGCUGGAAUGUCUCGCUGCCGUCCACACAUUCAGCAUCGUGCAUUCCGAUCUUAAGCCGGCGAAUUUUGUCAUCGUCCAAGGCCGUCUAAAACUCAUCGACUUCGGUAUCGCAAAUGCUAUUCAAACCGACGAGACUGUCAACGUUCACAGGGAGACACAGGUCGGCACACCGAGUUAUAUGAGCCCAGAGUCUCUUCUCGAUUCCCAUACCACUGGGCCCGAUGGGCGCCGUGUCAAUACUGCAACGAGUAGGGGACCAAAGCUCAUGAAAGUGGGCAAGCCAAGCGAUGUCUGGAGUUUGGGCUGUAUACUAUACCAGAUGGUCUAUGGCACAACGCCUUUUGGUCACAUCCAGAACCAAAUGGCUCGAUGCCACGCUAUCAUUGAUUGGGACUAUGCUAUUACAUACAAGGAUCGUGGCAUUGGCGACGCGCUUGUGUCGCCAUCUUUAAUCAGAACCAUGAAGCGCUGCCUGAGCCGGGAUCCCCAUAUGCGUCCCACAUGCGAGGAGCUGCUCAGCUUGUCUGAUCCAUUUCUAUACCCGGUCGAGACGCCACAGGGUCACCUCCCCGUCAGCGAGGAGUUGUUGGGCCGAAUUAUCCAUAGUGUGGUCGCACGAUGCAGAGAAAGGAUGCCCACCGACGCUGAGGUACUAACUGCGUGGCCAAACGCAUAUUGGGCGAGUGUUGCAAAGGCUGUCGGGCGGGACAUUAGGUGACAAAGUCCUCCGCCAUGCCCAUGAGCGCUUUCGUUUCGCGGGCGGUGAAAAAGAUGAGUUGGCCGUGCGACAAUGCUUGUAUAUAAAAGAGGAGGCUUGGUUGGGAAGGGCAUGUGUUGUUGGAGUAAUGCUUGAUUAUUGGAAAUGAUCAGGUGGACUGUUUUGGGCUUCUUCUUUCCGCUUAUGACUUGUUACGAAAUCGGCCACUAUUG